AUGACCCUUUCCGCUGGAACAUGGUAAAUAUGUCGGCAAAACAAUGAUAGUCUUUCGUUUUCAAGGGUUAAUUCCUUGAAUGUUUCCACGAUGAAGGAGAUGCUCGGCGGUUGUUGUGUUUGUUCAGACGAAAGAGGGUGGGCUGAAAACCCGCUAGUUUACUGCGACGGUCAGGGUUGUAACGUAGCUGUUCAUCAAGCUUGUUACGGGAUUGUUCACGUGCCGAAAGGACCUUGGUAUUGCAGAAAGUGCGAAUCACAGGAACGAUCGGCGAGAGUUAAGUGCGAGUUGUGUCCCCAGAGGGAUGGUGCUCUGAAGCGAACAGACACAGGUGUUGCUUGGUGCCACGUGGUUUGUGCACUGUUUAUCCCUGAAGCGUGGUUCGCUAACGUUCAGACAAUGGAACCUAUUGUGUUAAAGAAUGUUCCACCAGAGAGAUUUAAUAAGGUGUGUUAUAUUUGUGAAGAAAAUGGACGAGCAACGAGAUCCAAUUCUGGAGCCUGUAUGCAGUGUAACAGAAAUGGUUGUAAGAUGAAUUUUCACGUUACUUGUGCUCAGGCGCAAGGACUUCUCUGCGAAGAAGCGGGUAACUAUGGCGACAAUGUCAAGUACUGUGGCUAUUGUGUCCACCACUACAAGAAGCUUAAGAGGGAUGCCAACAUAAAACAAAUUCCAGCUUUCAAGCCUAUCCCUGCAGACAAUGCUAGUCCAGAGAAGGGGAAUACUUUGACCACAGAUACUCGAAUGUUUAAGAGAGGGAACAAGGCAGAAAACAAAGAGAGUUACAACCCUGCCCAGAACCAGCUGUUGGGGGGUCAGGACAAAGAGAAGCAGCCCGCCACUCCCCCCUUGUCUAACGCCAGCAGUGGGAUAGGGACCUCCACCCUGUCAGAAACCUCCACCAUCAGCCCCACCGAGUCCCCAAACCAGGAGGAAGAGGACAGCGAAAACAGGAGUUUCCCAAUGUCUCAGCCCUCCCUUAAUGAUAAUCAUGCUUUGCACCGAUCAGUGUCAUCAGGAAGCCUGUACUCAGUACAAAGUGCAGAUCUGAGAUUGGCCAGUGAGGCGGGACCAAUGUUUUCACCCUCGGCUGGUCUGAGCGGUGAGGCGUUGAGUGGAAGCUUCACCGGAUCGUUAGACAGUUUCAUGACUGGAUCCACGAACAAGAUAUCCUCGCUAGGGCGAACUGCCUCACAGAGCGAUAACGAAAUCGACCAAGCGGCUAAGAGGUCAAGGUCGAAAUCCCAAGAGAAAUUUGAGAAAAAAAUGAAAAGAACAAAACAACUGAACACCUUGGGUAACAAGAAACUCAUCAGGAAUGGUUCUACGGAGAGUAAGGACACAUCACCUACCGGAUCGCGGAAAGUCCGCAGAAAACCGGAGCUGACGACUCCCAGUAUUGGGACCAACUCGAAUAAUGUCAGUUUAAACAGUUUCUCUGUGUUUGGAGGCAGCCCACAUUUUCAGAGUAUCGGAGUUCCAGGACCCCUCACUUUCUCAUUUACUCAAAACAACCCGGGCUCUGGCCUUGGGUCAUGUAAUGAUCUCACAGAAGGGGCCUGUGGACCACCCAAGAUAUUUCCUAGUCAGCAGUCGCCACAGAAGGAACCACCUAAUGGGGAGUUUCCGACAUCCUUGGAACAGCUGUUGGAGAGACAAUGGGAACAGGGCUCACAGUUCCUGAUGAAGCAAGGCGAACAUUUUGACAUUGCCUCCCUUCUUCAUUGUCUGCAUCAGCUGAAAUCAGAGAACCAUCGACUGGAGGGUCACAUCAAGUCGCUGGCCACGCGGCGGGAUCACUUACUAGCGGUCAACGCCAGGCUGUCUAUCCCAUUCUCCUCCCCCCUCCACCCGGACUCAUUCCUCUCCUCGGACAAACCCACUGACGGAAAAAUCGCGGAGCCAUCUUUGAUGCAGGAUGUGGCCUGUUUAACAGCUGAUAAUCCUGUACAGGCAGGAGGUUCUACCACAGUUCCAGCAGUAACCUGUGUCUCAUCGCUGCCUCCCAUGACUUCAGUACUCAACUUAUCUGUAUCCAAUACUCUGUCGGCUAUGGACAGUACGCCCACAUCAAUGGAGGUCACCCUCCCCUCAUCAUCAACGCCGGACAAAAGCAAACCCGAUGUGACCUGAACUCUACUUUUAUUGUACCAUUGACUCUUGUUUUAAACUAGAUAUAUAUAUAUGUAUACACAGAACUAAUGUUAAAGUAU